GGUUAUCGCCAGGGGCCCAGACCUGGCUCCUCACUCAUCAAUAUCUGCCCAGUGUAAAAUCUGAAGAAUGAGAUGGAUUCUGGCAUGUCUUCGCCUGAGAAGCAGGAUAAAGAGAAUUUAGUGGGCAUCAGCAGUAAACGACUCGGGGUGUGUGGCUGGAUUCUCUGGACGCUUUCUUUCCUGUUGAUGAUCAUCACCUUCCCCGUCUCCAUCUGGAUGUGCUUGAAGAUCGUCAAGGAGUACGAACGUGCUGUGGUGUUCCGCCUGGGACGCAUCCAAGCUGACAAAGCCAAAGGGCCAGGUUUGAUCCUGGUCCUGCCCUGCAUAGAUGUGUUUGUCAAGGUUGAUCUGCGAACGGUCACUUGCAACAUUCCUCCACAAGAGAUCCUCACCAGAGACUCUGUGACGACGCAGGUGGACGGGGUCGUCUAUUACAGGAUCUACAGUGCCGUGUCGGCCGUGGCUAAUGUCCACGAUGUGCACCAAGCCACGUUUCUGCUCGCUCAGACCACUCUGCGGAACGUCCUAGGGACGCAGACCUUGUCCCAGAUUCUAUCAGGGCGGGAAGAGAUUGCCCAUAGCAUCCAGACCUUGCUGGAUGACGCCACUGAGCUCUGGGGGAUCCGCGUGGCCCGAGUGGAGAUCAAAGAUGUCCGGAUUCCCGUGCAGUUGCAGAGGUCCAUGGCGGCAGAGGCAGAGGCCACCCGGGAGGCCCGCGCCAGGGUCCUUGCAGCCGAAGGAGAGAUGAAUGCUUCCAAAUCUCUGAAGUCGGCCUCCAUGGUGCUGGCUGAGUCACCCAUAGCCCUACAGCUGCGCUACCUACAAACCUUAACCACUGUGGCCACGGAGAAGAAUUCCACCAUCGUGUUCCCUCUGCCCAUGAAUAUACUGGAGGGCAUCGGGGGCAUCAGCUAUGAGAACAACAAGAAGGUUCCUGGCAAAGCGUGAGGUCCUGGUGAGGGAGCUAGUCCCUCGCUGGAAGAGUGUCUUUGUUCCCUCUGUGGGAGCUGGCAUUAAAGCAAGAGAAUUCCAGCACUACUCAAGCCAUGGGAACUGCAAGGCUUAGGACACAUUAGCAGCAGAAGCAGUAGAGGCUCCAAACAGAAGUCAAACAUAUACGACGGAGGGCAACUGAUAUUGCAACUGAUACAAUCACUUGGCCAUAUU